AAAAAUAUUAAUAUCGUAAUACAGAUUUUGGGUUCUUUUUGGUUUUUAGUAUGAGCUCAUCUCUGCUUGACUUUCAUGGUUAGCGUGUUUCUUGUUACGAUUAUGAACCUUCCUUGUACCUUCUUUCUGUUCUGUCCAUUUAAAGGGUCAAUCUCAGCUUGUAUUUAAAGCCACUUAGUUUGAUUGUUUUGGUUACAUGCGCUUCGCUUGUUUAAAAUCCUUGUGAGCUUUUGAGAGAACAACUUGUUGCUGUUGUUUGGUGGUUGGAGAAAAUUUAGUUGUUGGGUUUUUGAUGGUACCUAAGAGGCAUUUUCAUGAGGAGGGUGGUGAGGACUUCGAAUUUCCGGUUCCAGAAUCGAAACGCAGGCCUACUUUCAAGAAUGUUGUUAGAGAUGUGAUGAGAGAUGUGACACUGAACCAAGUCGAAUGGGAACACUUCUUUCGGAGAGUGGUACGAGAGGAGGUCGAACGUGUGAUCAUUCCCUUCUUUAAGGCAUCUCCAAGCAGGCCCACACUUGAAAGUGGAAGUACAUCUGGAGGAAGAGGCUUGCAGUUGCGUUUUACCAAUAAACUGCCGUCUACCAUAUUUACAGGCAGUAGGGUGGAAGCAGAGGAUGGCACACCUCUUCAAAUUACACUGAUUGAUGCCAGUACUAAUGGUAUAGUCCAUUCCAGUCCCCUAUCUUCAAUAAAGAUUGAACUUCUGGUCCUCAAUGGUGAAUUUGGGUCUGAUGAUCAAGAGGAUUGGACCGAGAAAGAAUUCAAUAACUAUGUUGUGCGCGAAAGAGAAGGCAAAAGGCCACUGGUGACUGGUGAAAUCAACAUUACACUGAGAGACGGAGUUGGUUCUCUUGGUGAUGUUGUCUUCACUGACAACUCAAGCUGGAUAAGAUGCCGGAAGUUCAGAUUAGCAGCUAGGGUUGUAGCCAAAGCUCCUAGUGAAGUGCGAAUUAGAGAAGCUAGAAGUGAACCUUUCGUGGUAAAGGAUCACCGUGGAGAGUUGUAUAGGAAACACCACCCUCCAUCCUUAAGUGAUGAGAUAUGGCGCCUGGAAAAGAUAGCAAAAGAUGGCGCCUUCCACAAGAGAUUAUCUCGUUUCGGAAUUAACACUGUGAAGGACUUCCUGCAGUCAUACGUGAAAGAUCCAUCCUGGCUACGGAAUAUUUUUGAAGGGAUCUCGAACAGGACAUGGGAUACAAUCAUUGAACAUGCUAAGGCUUGUGAGAUAGAUGAUCACAAGUUCUAUGCCUAUCAUAGAACUGAGCAAGAUGUAAGUCUCCUGUUCGACUCCAUCUACAAGGUUGUGGGAGCAAUGGUUAAUGGCCAAUACUGUUCUCUGGAUGAACUCACCCCACUUCAGACGAAUCUAGUGGAAAAUUUGAAGCAGCAUGCUUACAGAAAUGUAAGAGAUAUAGUCCCCGUGGAUACUUCGAUAUUUGCCCCUUCAAGGCCUUUGUCAAGUCUACAAGCUGAGUCAUUCAAUGUCCCAAAUCCAGAUCUGCAACAAAUUGAAUUGCAAUUCACACAGCUAGAUGAACCCUCAAUGCAACUAGGUUUCAACCAAGCAUCAACCUAUCAACCAGAAGUUAGCAAUCAUUUAGUGGUGUCUCUAGCACAGGCUAGUCAUCCAAUGCAAGCGUUCCCUCCAGCGCUACGAAACAGCUUUUCGAUGGAGGAUUUUAACUCCCUGCACUACAAUGGAGAAAGCAGUUGGCCGCCGCUCAAUGGUUUUCAAGCGCCAAUUGUUCCAAGUGCUCAUUUAAGCACAGAGAACCUUUUCCAGGUCCAAGCAUCAACUUGGUCUCCUACAAGUACAAAUGUAAUAUGGGGACAAGCAAACAGUUUUUGCUUUGGUUCUUCAAGUAACGGAACAGAAGCCGGCCAUUUCCCACACAUUUCUGGUCUUGUACAUAAUUCAGGGACAAGAAAACCCAAGGCAUGCUGGUGCAAGCUUCGUGCCGCCAUUAAAUGGUGGGUUUCGGUCAGACGGGAUGUGGCUGCUAAAAGGAUGGCAAGGCCUCUGUACUUGGACUACUAGACUAAUGUAGUCUCAUAGUUUUUCUUUAGCUUGUUAAUUUGGCCUCUGUAUGCACUAGUUAGAGCAAGUACCUAAAUAGUAAGAGGUAAGCUUCUCCUAGUCCUAGAUGUGCUAAGCUUUAGUUCACAGAUUUAUUUUCCUGCAGUUUUUCCUCCCUUUGUGUAUAAAUGUGCAAAAGGGGGGAGGGGGUUUCUCUUUUGUUGUAGUUAUUUGGCCAUAGUGUACAGAGUGUUCAAAUGACCCAUGUAUAAGUGGCUUCUGAAAGUUACAGAAUAAAACCUUUCCAGUUUCAGUUUCA